ACUCCAUCUGUACUGUUUCUCCUCUCUUUCUCCAACCUCGCAUCAAGCCGUCUGCACUGGCUGUUUGAGGACGGUCUUGAAAUCUUGCUGCAUCUGAACACAGGACAUCUUUCAAGCAAAAAAUAAUAAUGGGGAAGAAAUCGAAGAAGCCGGGGAAAGGCAAGGAGAAGACUGAGAGGAAAACAGCGAAAGCAGAGGAGAAGAGAGCUCGCAGAGAAAGCAAGAAGCUCUCGCCUGAAGAUGACAUUGAUGCUAUUUUGUUGAGUAUACAAAAGGAGGAAGCUAAGAAGAAGGAGGUUCAUAUUGAGGAAAAUGUUCCAGCACCGUCGCCUCGAUCUAACUGUACGCUGAGCAUUAAUCCCACGAAAGAGACAGAACUGAUUCUCUAUGGUGGAGAAUUUUACAAUGGGCAGAAGACAUUUGUGUAUGGUGAUCUCUACCGGUUUGAUGUAGAGAAACAGGAAUGGAAGUUGAUUUCAAGCCCUAAUAGUCCUCCUCCUCGCAGUGCUCAUCAAGCAAUUGCUUGGAAGAAUUAUCUCUAUAUUUUUGGUGGUGAAUUUACAUCUCCAAAUCAAGAGAGGUUCCACCACUAUAAGGACUUUUGGAUGUUGGACUUGAAAACAAAUCAAUGGGAGCAGCUAAAUUUGAAAGGGUGUCCAAGUCCACGAUCAGGUCAUCGAAUGGUACUUUACAAGCACAAGAUUAUCGUUUUUGGUGGCUUCUAUGACACUCUUAGAGAAGUAAGGUAUUAUAAUGAUUUAUAUGUUUUUGACCUAGACCAAAUGAAGUGGCAAGACAUAAAGCCAAAGCUUGGUGCUAUGUGGCCCAGUGCCCGGAGUGGUUUUCAGUUUUUUGUGCAUCAAGAUGAGAUAUUUUUAUAUGGUGGAUACUCCAAAGAAGCUUCUUCUGAUAAGAACAGCUCUGAGAAAGGAAUUGUUCAUUCAGACAUGUGGUCCCUUGAUCCUAAAACUUGGGAAUGGAGCAAGGUAAAGAAAAAUGGGAUGCCUCCUGGGCCUCGUGCUGGUUUUUCCAUGUGUGUUCAUAAGAAACGAGCUUUGCUAUUUGGAGGUGUUGUGGACAUGGAAAUGGAAGGUGAUGUAAUGAUGAGCUUAUUCUUGAAUGAACUUUAUGGCUUCCAAUUAGACAAUCAUCGGUGGUAUCCUAUAGAGCUAAGAAAAGCGAAGUUGCCAAAAGAUAAGUUGAAAAAGAAUUCUGACAGAAAACUCAAUGUUUCUGAUUGUGAUGAUAAGACUGAGUCAAUGGAAGUGGAGGAAUUUGCAGCAAAUGAAAAAGAUGAGGGGACAGAGCACAAUGAAGAAGCCCGUGACAUGGAAAACACCAUGAAAGAGAUAUCUCAGCACAUGGGAACAAACAUGACAAUUGCUGGUCACGGGUCAGAUGCCAAUUCUGAUGGAAAUCCCAAUGAAUCUAAAGUUAAAUCAAAUCUCCAAGUUUCUGUUGCACCUGAGAUUGUAAAACCCUGACGAAUCAAUUCUUGCAUGGUUGUUGGGAGAGAUACUCUAUACAUUUAUGGGGGCAUGAUGGAGAUGAAAGAUCAAGAAAUUACACUCGAUGAUCUGUAUUCACUUAAUCUUAGCAAACUUGACGAGUGGAAGUGUAUCAUUCCGGCAUCUGAAUCUGAAUGGUUAGAAGCUUCAGAGGAAGAUGGGGAUGAAGAUGAAAGUGAAGAUGAUGACAACAGCAGUGAGAAUGAUGAUGAUGAUGAUGAUGAUGAAGAUGAGGAUGAGGAUGAGGAUGACGUGGAGGGCAGGAAGAAUUGUGCUGGAUCAGUUCAAGUUGGCGAUGCCAUUGCUAUAAUAAAGGGUGAUGGAAAAAUUCUUAGGAGAAAAGAGAAACGGGCUCGAAUUGAGCAGAUCAGGGCUAAUCUUGGUCUUUCAGAUUCACAAAGAACCCCAGUGCCUGGAGAAUCAUUGAGGGAUUUCUAUAGACGCACAAGUUUGUACUGGCAAAUGGCUGCCCAUGAACAUACUCAACACACUGGGAAGGAGCUUCGUAAGGAUGGUUUUGAUCUUGCUGAAGCUCGAUAUCAGGAACUAAAACCAAUUCUUGACGAGUUAGCCAUAUUAGAGGCAGAGCAAAAGGCUGAAGAAGCUGAGGGGCCCGAAACUAGUUCGAGGAAGAGAGGCAAGAAGAAAGAGCGGAAGUGAUCAUCAUCUCACUUGUCGGGGGGCAUUUUUCUUUGGUACACAACGUCAAAAGCACCUAAACAGUUUUGGUAGUUUGAUAUAAAUGUCCGAAUUAAUUUCCAUCAUGUAUUUACACAUGGGUGCAAUUUAUAAAUUUUAUAUAUUGUUAGGAAUAUGUUUAUGGUUUGUAUGGUGAAGAUUACCAAAUCAGAGAAAUGUUAAAAUGGACAAGAAAAUUCAAAAGUUUGGAA